GAAAACCAACCACCAGGUUAACUUCAUUCGGCGUGGGUUAAAGUCAGUUAGGGCCAGUUUGAUUGAUGGGCGAUCUCAUGGGGCUUGGGGGUAUUCAGGGUUGCAUUACGCAUAUAUCUAUUCACGUGCAACUAUGAAAAUGCAGAUGAUCCAGUGUAAUUACCAUCGUGACUCGAAAGGUAACCUCAAAUCGAUUCAACCUCAAGUAAUAUUAAACCACACGAGUUCAUCAGCGGUAAGAAAUCAGUGAAUCAAAUAUAAGUGAAAGUCUACGUGGAUUAAAUAAUAUUAAAAAGACUGAAGAAAUAUGCACGUCACGUAUCAAAACCAACGAAUGAAAUGUCUGGCCGUUACGUCAAUUCUUCUUCGUAUAGACGCUGUAUACGUAAUAUCUAGACUGCACGACAUUUAAUCGCGAUUCGUGUGCCGUUUUGCAAAUAGAUAGAAGAGAAUGGUUUUGAAUACGAGGGAAUGAAGAUGGCUGCUCUUUUCAUCGGAUUGUGUUCCAGAGUGUAAAAGGACAGUGAGUGGUAGGCGUUAUACGUAGGAUGGCGGCCUCGUCCUUCCCAUAUUCAGACACAGCCGGACCUUCAGUCAUCGAUGUUACGGCAGAGCAAAAUUUCUAUGCGAAUCCCCGAAGAAUCCACAGGUCCAAGUAUUUCGAAACAUCAGAGAAAAAUAAGCGGUGUAUUGUUAAUUAGCUGAAAAUACAAGAGAGGGCUUCGAAAUUCAAUUUGAAAGUUAAAGCCCCGUACGCACUUGGCUACGCGUGAAAGCAGCCGCAUAUACGGAAAUAUAGGAAACGCUUGAAAAUCGCUCCAGGGGAAAAUGUCGGGCGAACGUCGAUGAGAACUGUCAAAAAAGUAUCAUAGAAUCAUAAUAGAAAGAAAGUAUAAUUCGAAAAUUUAUACUCGCGGUAUUUCUCUUGUAUAGCAUGGGACCAUGUGCCUUGUAUUUCCUUCUUGUAUUCGCAGCAUGUUUGCCCUAUGAGAGAAACCGGGUGUUGGCUAACAAGGCUUUAAAAAACGAACAAAAUAUCGGUACAGUCUUGUUCGAAAGAAGCGACUGUGGAAAACAUUGCUGGACCAGUGAGGAGUUUACAAUUUUAAACAGUCGCAGAAUGUUUCAAGACAUAUUGCCAAAGGUGAAAGUCAUCAACUGCCAGAACGACCAGUACAUAGCAAUGCUCAUGGACUAUUUCCACAUAUGUCUCGAAUGCGUUCGCAAGCUCUCAAUUGGAAAAACUAAGCACCUUAUGCUGAAAGCUUUGGCGGAUACUAUGGGUGGUUAUCUGCAAGUUUACAUACUGCCCCUUACCAAGCAUUCGUACUAUGCUGGAAAUAUUAAGUACAGAAAUGCCAAAAGGCUUUUUGAGCUUUUCGACGAGCUCAAGAACUUCCUUCAUACGAAUGGGGUCGGAUGGAUGAAGCCAACUCUGAACAAGAAGCACGUGAAGACACCGCCGAUCGUUAUUACGCCGCCCAGAAGUUCCUUGGCGUGCAAUGGCCUUAUUACUUAUCCGGCUCAUUCGGCUGAAAUGAACUCUCGAGAUUUUCACUAUUCUCACGCGAUGAAAAGGAAACGAUUUACGCGAGGUAGGAGGCCAUCGAGAAAUUCUCCUUUGGGAUAUAGUGAAUAUGGUGGAAUUACAAGGCCGGUUAUUGUGCCUUUGCCGUUUUUGGAUGACGAGGCUCAACCUAAUAGCAUUGCUAUGCCGUUCAAGACCGACAACUUGCAGUCUCUUUAUUGCGAGAAGUCUGCUUUUGCACUAGUGAAAUAUUAUGUUGCUAGUGUCAAGUGCAUUGUGUCAAAGUCAAAAACGAAUUAUGAACUUGGCAGGUUUAAUGAGGAUUUUUUUGAAUGGCUACAGACAUCGGUCCAUACUCAUUUGGAUGACGAGAAAUGGUACCCAGCAUUCGGAGGAGUAUUAAGAGUAAUGGCGUCGUUAAGAGAGACAGGGCUUGUUAAUGGGCUUAACAAAGGGAAACAAGGUGGCGGGUAUCAGAUGAUGCCAAAAUUAAUUGUGGUCACUACCAAACAACCCGAUGAUGGUGUUUCACCUUUAUACAGAGGAAAUUCUGCUGGGAAAUUGAGGGCCACGGAAAAAAGUAUUAUUGCUGUAUCCUGCUUUGUCUGCUUCUGGAUCUUGAUGGGUGUUUUCAUGGUUUGUUAUAAUUAUCUUAAAAAACAUUCCGAAGAAUGCUCACCUUGCGAAUCACCAACUGACUCACGCGUCGCUAUACUCUAUGGUAAUGCUGAUUACUGCCAGGCGGCUUCGCAAAAAAGCUUUACGGAAAAGUUCAAGCAGUGGUGGGGUGGCAAAUGCGGUACCACGUGUCCUGGGGCAUGUAAGGAUUAUGACGAAGAGGAACGAUACAUGGCAACAAUAAAUUACUGCAACAAAGACGUAAUUGAUAUGUGCAACAGCAAUAAAUCCUGUCAAAAAAGUCUUUACACGAAAACGGAGUCACCUCAGCUGUUAGCAGUUUCGCCAACGGAUACAGACUCGCCCAGGAAGACCGACGACGAUUUGGAUAAUUCGUAUAAUUUUCAAGGACCUAGAUACAGCAGGGUAAGUUGAAUGAAGUUUGACAGUUAUCUUUUUGAAAUAUUUAUGCGCUCAUACAAUGGAUAUUAAUAAUGUAUUUGUAAGAAUUUUUGUACUAGCAAUUUUUCUAAUUUCUCAUAUACUAAACUUGAACAAUAACAGCACAAGGGUGUCACGUGCCGAGAUAACUACAGGCAGCAUUGAUUAUCAAAUGGAGCUAGAAUAUCACCAUAUAGGUGUAAUAAAAUCGUCGACGAUCACUCUGAAAGGCACAUGAGAAAUAGCCAAUCCCAGUCAUGCAAACUCCCGCGAUCAGUACAGCCAUAACUGUACCAACAAUCUUUUUUUAUUAAUCCAAGAAAACUGACGUGUUCCCCAAGAGUGGCGGCAAAUUUCACCAUGAGCCGAGUAUCAAUUUAUAAUAUACCCUUUACGAAUUUCAUACAAAGGUCUGAUUAAAGUCUUUCCCAAAGAAUGAACCAAAAGUAUUUCUCAAUGAUGGUAGAAUAAAUUUUACGAGUAUAAUCAUUAA